AUGGAAUCCAUAGAAUUAAAAAGCACGAGUUUGUUGAAUUUGUCUUCAAUUAUUAUUUUGUGGCUCAUAAUAUCCCAAACAAGAAUUCAAGAAUUCUCAAUUAUACAAGCCGAAGUUGUAUGUUUCUGCAACUCUCCGCAAUGCGUCCCCACGAAUUAUAUGUGCAAAUCCAAAACAAAAUGCUAUUCCAUCUUAAACCUCAAACGUUCGAAAGUGCUAGUAGAUGACGCUGAUGGACCUAGCUUAACAGAUGUAGAAACUGUGUUUUAUAAUUUCUCAAAUGGAAAACAUGAUUAUGGAUGCAUGGAAGAUUUUGACGUUUCAAAACUGGGAAAUGACGGUGGUCAAUACUAUUCUAUCGUUUAUUUUUGUCGAAAUGACUUAUGUAACUCUCACAAAUUGAUUCCAAUGUCGCCCGAAAUCUCAACUACCAUUUCUUAUACCGAUAUCAGGUCAAUCGAUCUUAGCAUACGGGUUACUAACAAAACAAAACAAGAUUAUACUACAAAAGUUCGUUCCGCCCCCGCAUCAAAUCACAAUAUGAUUCUUAAGGAUGCAGCCACGAGUCUCAAAUUAUCAACAAAUAGAAAUUCUAUAAACAACGCUCAAAAUUGGAAUGACACAAAAACACAUAAAAUUAUAUCGCACGCCUCAAACUAUAAUUGGCGAGCUAUACGUAAUGCAGUGAUAAUAGUUCCGAUUUUGGGGUUAAUUAUAAUUUUGUGCUUGAUAUAUUUCGCAAAAUCGAUUUUAAAUCGCGAUUCGAAUAAACUUCAACACGCUGAGUCUUCGCACAUGAUGGGUAUUCCUUCAUUUCGACCUUACUCGCUAAUCAAUUUGAUCAUUAAAAAUUUAUUCAUAAACAAAAAUAAAAUAAUAAGAGUUGUUGUGCCUAAUAGUGAACUAGUUCCGCCAUUGUGGAAAAUUCAUCCCGGUAUCAAUCAAGAGAACACGUACAAAUUGAAAUAUGUUUUAGUCGAAGUCAAUAAUGAUUCUACAGUUUUUGCCCUUUAA